CUAUAUAGUAUAUAUGCAUAUUAGUAAUUAGAUCUAGAUGUCUAGAUCUACUAUAUGGUAUUACUGUACCUAUUUACUUAACUUAUGAUUAUGCCAUGGACUAGAAUCGACUAGAUUGUCACUAUAUCUAGAUCUAUACAGACUUUGAGUGAGUGACUAAAUCUAUAUAAAACAUUUACAGUAGAUUUUAUAGAACGAUGUUGAGUGAGCGCUAAAACAGAAUGGUGGAAACAUUUGGUGGGACCAAACUUCAUGUUGGUGACAUUGUAGUAAUUGUGGGAUAUUUUGCAUUUGUGCUUUUUGUUGGAUUAUGGACUUCUCGACAAAACCGUGGCAGCGCUGGAGGGUACUUCUUGGCUGGACGCAAUAUGCACUGGAUACCAGUUGGAGCCUCGCUGUUUGCCAGUAACAUUGGCAGUUUACAUUUUGUUGGUCUGGCUGGUUCCGGAGCAGCUGCUGGUAUUUCCAUAGCGAAUUAUGAACUGAAUGCCAUGUUGGUUCUUGUAUUGUUGGCUUACAUAUUCCUUCCCGUUUACAUUGCCUCAGGGAUUUUUACAAUGCCUCAGUAUUUACAACGCAGGUUUGGUGGCCAGAGAAUUCAAAUCUUUCUCUCUGUGUUGACUUUAUUGAUGUACAUAUUUACUAAGAUAUCUGCAGAUCUCUAUGCUGGAAUUAUAUUUAUAGAACAGUCAUUAAAUUGGGAUAUGUAUGGAGCAGUGUCCCUUCUGUUAGGAAUUGCUGCCAUUUUUACUAUUACAGGAGGCUUAACAGCUGUCAUUUGGACAGACUUAAUCCAGACUAUUAUUAUGCUGGUUGGUGCUACUGUCUUAAUGAUUCGAGCAUUUGUAGAAGUUGGAGGUUUCAAUGCUAUGGUAGAGAAAUACCCUAACGCCAUACCAGAAAGUCUCUUAAAGAGUAAUGGCACUUGUGGCUACCCUCGAGAUGAUUUCAUGCAUCUGUUUCGUGAUCCAUUAUCCAGUGAUCUUCCAUGGCCUGGCAUUUUGGGACUGACCAUCAACUCAAUCUGGUAUUGGUGCUCAGAUCAGGUCAUUGUUCAGCGAGCACUUGCUGCCAAAAACUUCACCCAUGCCAAGUGCGGGACACUGCUGUGUGGCUUUAUGAAAGUUCUUCCUCUCUUCAUGUUAGUCUUUCCAGGAAUGAUUGCAAGAAUUUUGUUUAAAGAUACUGUUGGCUGUGCUGAUCCACUGGAGUGUGAAAAGAUCUGUGGCAGUUCCAAGGGCUGUACCAAUAUUGCUUAUCCGACAUUGGUCAUUGAGCUUCUGCCUGCUGGUGCGCGUGGCAUGAUGCUGGCCGUCAUGUUAGCGGCACUGAUGUCCUCACUGACAUCUAUAUUUAACAGCAGCAGCACAAUUUUUGCAAUGGAUAUCUGGACACACAUUAGAAAGAAAGCUUCAGAGCUGGAAGUUAUGAUUGUUGGCAGGGUGUUUGUCAUUGUUCUUGUACUAGUCAGUAUUAUUUGGAUUCCUGUAUUGAAAGCUAGCCAAGGGACACAACUAUAUGUCUAUGUUCAAGAAGUGGCCAGCUUUCUUCAACCACCUAUAUGUGCUAUUUUUGUACUGGGCAUAUUUUGGGAGAGGCUAAAUGAAAAGGGAGCAUUCUUUGGUUUGCUCAUAGGAUUUGUUACUGGCAUUAUACGUUUUGCCAUUCAGUAUUCUUUCAAGACACCAGACUGUGGUAGUCCAGAGCCAGACCCAACCCCAGACUUGGUGAAAAACUUUCAUUACCUCUAUUUCUCUAUAUUUUUAUGUGCGCUCACAGCACUGUCUGCAGCAGUCAUCAGUUUGAUAACGAAACCUCUUGAUUCAAGAUGUCUGCAACGGUUAACUUGGCAAACAAGAAAUAGCAACAAGAAAAGACUUAACAUUGAAGAUUGGCUUGCUGGUAGAACAGAUAGCGUCAAAGAUAUUGUUGAGGCAGAGAUGAAUAAAGUUCUGGCCAAUGAUGGUUUAACAAGUAUGGCUCUGUCAGAAGAUAGCAAAGAAGUCAUGGAACUCAAAGAGAACAAAUAUGAACCAGAUCAAAGAGUUGAAUCCAAAGUUUCAUGUCCACGUCAUGUUUGUAAUUGGAUCUGGGGUAUCGAUUCAGCUAGUCGAGCACGUUUAGUGAAUCAAAAGAUGGAUGAAUGUGAUAUGAUUUCUAUAGAGGAGCUUCCUAAGUAUCGCAUACUUACAGGCAUACUUUCAGGUGUACUUAUUUCCACAGCAGUUUUUUUGUAUGGAUUCUUCCAUUGAGAUUCACUGCCUUAAUUAGACAACAAUCAAAAACUAGUUUUGUGAGAUUUAAAGCAAUUUGCUUACAUUCUAUACGCAGACUUUAGAACAUCAAUUUUCCUUUUUAAUGCAAUGGGAUCCAAUUAGUGCAGUGUUUUCUGAAAU